CCUUAACUGACUUUUGCUUGGUGGAUGACGACAAUGCGGGUGGCGUGGUCGUGCUGUUGUUGUGGGGGAGGUGGGAGGUGAGUGCAGCAGCAUUGGGCCCACAGAUGCAAAGGCGACUCACACAAAGGCCAACUCACUCACACGCACACACGCAUGCGCAUGGCAGAUGGCGUGCUCGAGGCGUGUGUCUUGUUUGGUCGUUCAUUUUCUGUGCCAUCCCGUGAUUCCGUGAAACAACCUCCAAGUUCAUCCACACCAAUACGCAAUGCAACACCACACUCCAAGAGGAGGCUUGCUUGUUCCCGCGUCGUCGUCGUCCAAUUGUGGCACACACCACCAACCCCACCACCAGCAAGACCAACAAGACCAACGGGACCAACAACAACACCAGCGACACUCACAGCGUGAAGCGCCCUCAUUCAGCCAAAGUAGCUCCCAAUUCCUGCAACUACCAGCCAAGGCCAGACCACCGACACCCCCGCUGUGCGAGCCUUCGUCUCACCCCAGUGCUGCUGGCAGCACCGCGUCAUCGUCCACGAUGGGCCGCCGAUGGUCGUCGUCAUCAUCGUCAACAACAACAGCGACAGGCCUGAGGCGCCAGACACCGCAGCAGCCGCCACCACAAAGACCGCGAGCUGUGCACACGACUGACCAAGGCACAAAGCCGACACUGCACAGUGAAAUGGCCCCGCGUCGUCGCAGUCGUCGCAGUCGUCGCAGCUGCAGAGCCCUCACUAUGGACACACUGCAUCGAGUGAAAGCCUGCAUGACACUGGCCUCGCAAGUUACAUCCACUGCACACCUUCCGGUGCCUACGCACGAACCACCUCUUCAGCGCGACCAAACCCGCUGGGUCAUUGACCAACGAGGACCAACCACAACAAACCACCACCAAGAGGGUGUCCGAACCCGUCCCUCUCGCCCGCAAACGCAAUCACGCUCUGCAAUCUCUCCGGCUGUUCGACAUCGCCUGGCAGGGCCCCAGUCAACCCGACAAGCAACGCAACCCACGGCAGCCAUGACACCCUCGUCCUCCCCGCCACAAUCACCAUCACAAUCAAAAUCACCAUCACAGUCACAACCACAGUCGCCUGUGGCCUCGCAGCGACCCGUGACAGCUGCAGUCACCACCAAUGCUACCGGCGCGGACACCUCACCCUCGUCCUCACGCAGCCUCAGCGCUUUCGACGACUCCGGAAUCGCCCGUGAUGCUCACGGUGACCCUCCCGGUGUGGCGCACGCCCACACUGCCUCUGCUCCUCUCAUGGACAAACCAGCCCCUCGACAGAGAACCACGCGCAAGGUGGAUGAGUUUGUGGCCAUGAUGGGCGAGUUCCCGACAGACGUUGAUGUGCAGGAGUUUGGGUGCUUGGCGCUUGCAGAGGUGAUGUCCCUCGGCGGCAAGUGCACCCAGCCGUGUGUGGCCGUGCUGGUGCGCGCCGUGGGCCUGCGCAACGCGCCGCCUGACCUGGUCGCUGCGGCGCUGAGUGCGUUGACUGCUGCAGCAGAGACGACGACACCAGGGCACCAGUUGGUGCACAGCGAACUGGUGCUGCAAGUCGUUCUGUCCGCCAUGCGGAACAAUCGCCCCUUCGACCACGUGCAGGCCCCCGCGUGCGAGUAUCUCCAACGCGUCACCCAAGCGGCCAGCCUCUCCACGACGACCGUGCCAGCCGCAACAGCGCCGGCACGCACGCGUACGCGCCAUAAGCAGCCACCAGCGUUGGUGUCGGGAGCAGGAGACGGCGAGAACGACAGCAGCCACAACAACAGCGCGGACAGGAACGAAAAUGCAUGCGCAGAUACCAGGGACGCGAUCACGAGCGCACGCAGGCAGCGCACCGUGUGGUUUGCGCCCGUCAUCGCCACCACUGCCACAAACCGUGCCAUGGCACGCCAGACCAGCAGCAACAACAACAAGUGCCACAGCAGCAGGAAUAUGAACAACAGCAACAAAAGCAGCAGCAGCAGCAACGAUAACAGCGGCGACGAAAGUGCAGACUAUGUCGAACACCCAUUUGUGGCCAAUGCCUACCUGGUGAAAUGCCCGUUUCCCCCCAGCGCGCUCACCAGGGCGGCCCUCUCUGUGCUUGCUCCAUCCUUUGCAACCAGCACGGCUUCAACCUCCCCGGCAGCGGCGGUUGAGGCUUUGGCGCACGGCAUUGCGAGCACGAUGCUGAUGGUCCUUGAUGCGCAUCCUGACCGCACCUCCCUGCUCCACCUCGCUGUCGACGUGCUGGUGAAUCUGACACGGCACAGCAGCGCCGCGGCCGUGUGUGAGCAGCUUGCGUGUGGGUCUGGCGUGCGCAGCGUGGUGCAGAUCAUGGCGAAGCAUGGUUCCCACGCCGGCUUGCAACGCGUCGGCUGCACCCUGCUUGCACAGCUCGUCAGCAGCAGCAGCAGCAGUAAUGGGCGCGCGGCGUGCGUACGUGGCAUGGUCGCUUCCCGUGCCAUUGCCACUGCCGUUCUCCCGGCGAUGAGGACGCAUGCGCGGGACAGGGCACUUCAGCUGGCAGCGCUCGGUGUGCUGGAAGCGGUUGUGGCGACAGCAGCGAUAAGAGCAAUUGCGCUCGACACCAGCGGCAGUGGCGGUCACGGCAGCGGUGGCGGCGCAGUGCCUGGUGUGUUGACACGCGCACAGCUGGAGGCGAUGGCUGCCGGGGUGACCGCGAGCAUGGCGGUGCAUCCUGAUGUGGCCAGCGUGCAGAUGACGGGGCUGCGGGUACUGGAGCAGCUGGUUCGCGUGGCGGUGCACGGCCGUGAUGGUGCGAGUGACAGCAGUAUCUGUCGUUGCGUGUGUCGUGACUGCCGGUGCUGCCAACACGGACGCGCGAGUGUUGAUUCUGGGCUCCAUGUCACCUAUCCUGACGAGGUCCCCCGUGCUGUGUCGGUCGACUGCCCACCGUCGUCGGAGCAACCACAGCCACGCCGGCAGUGCUGCCAAGGGGGCGGCGCGGCAUGCGAGACGUGCUCGUUUCGCGUUGUGGGCAGCUCGUACAGCAGCAGCGCGGGCGAGAUGCGAGCUGAGGUGGUUCGCGUGGCCGCCACAACACUGCAGCGGUUUUCCGCCAAUUCCCUCGUCCUUGAUGCUGCAACCCGCGCAUUGCGUGCAUGCACGGCCAUUCGCACGCAUUGAAAUGUUGUUGUGCCUUUGUGUGUGUGUGUGUGUCUGUGUGUGUGUGUGUGUGUGUGUGU